UAAGAGCUGAAAUUAGAGACAUUAGACGCAAUGGGCAACAGCGAUGGCGAAGUGGUGCUCGUGACAGGCGGAAGCGGCUUUUUGGGCCAACAUAUUAUUAAGCUAUUGCUGGAGCAGCACAAGGAGCUGGGCAUCAAGGAGAUUCGCUCGCUGGACAUUGUGCCGUAUAGCAAUAAGAUUGGUCACGCGGAGACAUCCAUGCUGCGCACAUUUAUCGGGGAUAUUGGUGAACGUGAGAGUUUAAACGAUAUCUUUGCCGGAGUUGAUAGCGUCUUCCAUUGCGCUGCAUCGGUAGACAUUUCAUAUCCGCCCAACUAUGAGCAACUGGAGCGUGUGAAUAUAAAUGGCACUCGGACUGUUGUUGAUCUGUGCAUACAGCACAAUGUGAAGCGCUUGGUCUACAGCAGCUGCACAUCGGUGUGCUUUGUGCCUUUCAAGGGACGCAGCACCUUCUCGGCGGUGAUCAAUUCAACAGAGUCUAAGACAGACACGCCCACGCUGGACAGCUCCAAGCUCUGGGAACAGGAUGGCGAAUUUUUAAUUGCGGGCUAUGCAUCCAGCAAACUGCGUGCUGAGAAUAUUGUUCUCAAUUCCAAUGGAGCGCCGCUCCAGAAUCAGCUGGAUUAUCUGGCCACCAGUGCGAUACGCGCACCUUUAACCUAUGGCGAAUGCGAUUCACAUUUUAUCACCGACACAUUCGACUAUUUGUCCACUCGGAAUUGGAUCUUUCCGCGUAUUGCUGGCGUUGGAGGCAAGCAGCAGUUGGUUUAUGCUGGCAACGUGGCCUGGGGUCACAUCUGCGCCUAUAAGGCCCUCAAGGUGUCUAGCAAAGCGGUGAAUGGAUUACCUGUAUUCGUCACCGACGAUACGGGCAUCAAUGAUGUUUCACGCUUCGUGCAAAAGAUGGCGCUGCUUGGCGAUCGCUUCAAGGUCAAAACUAGCUGGUGGUAUUUGCCACACUUUCUAUUCUUCUUCUUAGCCUUUCUGUGGGAGUUUGUCGUGCGCGUUGCCUAUCCCUAUACCAAAUAUCGCUUACGCUACUCACCGCGGGCCAUUGCAUCGUUUACCUCCUCAAUGCUCAUGUACAAUCGUCUGCGCGCCUCCAUACACAUGGACUAUGUGCCGCUGUACGAUCCAGAUACCAGCGCUGAGCGCAGUGCCAAAUGGUACGCAAAAUGGUGGGAUGCCAAAAAGCUGGCCAAUAAGUCCAAAAAGUCAAGUUGAGCCCCGAGCUCGAGCUGUUUUUUAUUUACACUAAAUAAAUUCUAGAAUUUUGUUAACUCAUGUGUGUAGGAAAAUUGAAAUAAAUCUGGGUGUUAUCAAUGUAUGAAUAUAGAUUCAUUGUAAACUGUCUUC